UAUCAUGUCUAAGGAAAAAAACAAUACUACCUACUUGGCACCUACUUGGCUCACUCGGGAUUACGUCGAGGAAAAGCUACGUUCUUACUUCGAGAAUAAGUGUCUUAUACUGCUAAACCUGGAAAUAAAACCCGCUCUUGGCAAUGGGGAAAACUACGCCAGUGUUAUGACCCGCAUUAACGUGGAAUAUACUACGAAUAGCUCAAAAGCCAAGGAAUCGACAAGGUUCCUGGUAAAAACAACAUUUUCCGACAAGGAUCCUGCUGCAGAAGUGCUCUUGGACUAUGGGGUCUACACCAGGGAAAUGGAUAUGUAUGAGCAGAUAUUGCCCAAGCUGGCGAAUCUGGUGAGGAGUGAACUUGGCGACUCCAGGAAAUUGUUUGCGGGUACCGUGAAUGUGGAUCGCAGUCAAAACUCAAUCAUCUUUGAGGAUCUUUCGCUGGAGCACUAUAAAGUGGCGGAUCGACUAAAGAAGUUGGAUAUGGCGCACACCCAUCUGGUCCUAGAAAAAUUAGCCAAUUUUCAUGCAGCCGGAGCAGCAUUAGCAGAACGACAUCCGGACAUCUUUGCGAAGAACUUCGAUCGCGGAUUUUUUAACCAACACACCAGGGGAUAUGAGCCCAUUAUGAAAAAUCUUCUGCAGGCCUUGUCCCGUUCACUAGAGCUCGAUCCGGAUCUGAAGGAGCGUUACCAGGCGAAGAUCGAUCGAUUGGUUGAGAACGUAAUGGAUUACGGCGAGAAAGCAACAUCUAUUGUUCCCGGCGAUUUUUUGACCCUGGCUCAUGGUGACCUUUGGACCACAAAUGUUAUGUUCCAGUACGAUUCAGAAAAUCAUCCCACCAACGCCAUAUUUAUCGACUUCCAAUUCAGCAUGUGGACUUCUCCAGCCAUCGAUUUACACUAUUUCUUUUCGAAUACUUUGCAGGAACACAUUCGCUUAAAACACCAGCCCGAAUUGGUUCAGUUUUACUACUAUAAACUGAGGGAUGCUUUAAAAAGAGUUAAAUAUUCCGGACACGUUCCUAGCUUAUUUGCAUUCCACCAGCAGUUCCGGAGCAGAGCCUUCUAUGCUGCCUUUGCAUCACUGUGUUUUGAACCCUCGCAGGCAUACAAUGGCAAGGAGGAGGCUUCAAUGGAACAGAUAAUAUCUUCUUCAGAGAGCGCAAUGCGGUUCAAGAACGAUCUUUAUCAGAAUGCAGAAACCAGAAGGAAGAUGCGUCUUACCUUACCGUUUCUUGACGAAUUGGGAUUGUUAGACAUUAUGUGAAAUACAUUUUGUUACUUAAUUUGUUUGUUUUUAUUAAAGAUAUAUUUUCAUUGUUAGAGUAAAAAAACACAAAUAUAUGUGCCUGUUAUAAACUCUAA